GGGGGGUCGCCUCCAGCCCCCUCACCCCUAGUGCUGCAGCCUCCCAAACGUGGGGUCUUCUGUGGCGGCUCGGGCCGAGCCUGGCCCUGGGCAGCUCGGGAGCGGUCGCUGCUGUCCCCUGGGGCGGGGGGGCUGCAGCGUGUUCAAGGCCCACUUGUCACUUUCCUGCGUGGGGACGGGAAGAGGCGCGCGUGGCUCUAGCCUCGGGAUCAGCCCCCGUGACCCCGAGAAACCGGCCAGGGAGGGGGAGGGGUUCUGCCGAAUGCCCCAGGCCCAGGCAUCCUUCCAGCCGCCUGCCCCCAGACUAGGGCAGCAGGGAAUAGGAGGGGCUGCCCUGUGCCCCAGCCCAGGGGGCCACAGGUGGGGCGGCCUGGGGAUUCUGGGGUGCCCAUCACCAUGGCAUUUAGGCACCAGGUUCUGCAAUAUUUCUAGGCCACUGCAGAAAUCUGCAUCCUGCCCCUAGCUCUGGUUGGGUGACACUUGGUGAGUCCCUUUCCCCUCUCUGGUCUCCCAUCUAUAAAACGCCCUUUCUCAUGGCAGGCCGUAGAGCAUUCUUGCUGUGGGUGCAAUGUUCUUGUGCUGUGAAGCCCUAUAUAAACACAGAGCAUGUUUAUCAGCCCACUCUGGCCAUGGGAGCUCUGGGGGCAGGUGGGAGGGAGGGGCAGUAACUUGGUGGUGGUUUUAGUUGGGUGUGCGGAUAGCACCACCGCUCCAGUUUUGUCACAGCAGCACAGCGAUCCUUUUAAAAAUCCCACACAGGAAACUGUCAAAACCCGGCUACAUUCACUGUGAGUAAAGCGCCCAGCCCAGCAUUGAAAUCCCACCCUGGCUGCCAACCUGGCUUUGAGUGACAAUUGGCUUUAGGCACCACUGUUGGUGUUUUUCAAUAGCGUCUAUUGAAGGGCCUAAAAUGCUUUAUUUGGGGCCUAAAUCUAGCUGGUGUGUGCAUUGGAAUGGAGCUGCCUAGUCUCUACGGUGGGACUGCAACUUCAAAACACACCUGUUGUAAACCAAAUUCCUUCCCCAGGCUGCUAAUGAAGUGUGGAUUUUUGAAAGUGGAAGUAGCAAAUAAUGUAUCCCUGCCCUUAGCAAGGUUCUGCUUCCUCUGUGCUCAUCUCUGGCAUUGCACAAUGAAACUCCGUCUCCCUCGGGUCUGGGUGCUGAUUUGUUUGGGUGUCGAUGCCAGGGGAAUGGUUUAGAAAAAUAACUGCUCACUCUUGAGUUUUGAAUAGAGACACGUGUUUCUGUGUGCGUCAUGGGUUUGGGAAACGCUCGUGUGUGGCUGUCUGUUUGGUUACAGCAUUACAAUUAGAGGCCAGACUGAUCCUGACAGUGUGUCUUCAUUAAAUGGGAUCAGAAAUGGUUUCUGGAAAUUAAGCAGCUAUUUCAACAUAACUUCAGGGAAAGCAGUUUUGUUGUGUGACUAAGGGCUUGUCUGCAGCGUAGUCGCUCGCUCCAGUUGCUGUCGGCAGGGUCAGUCCACCUCCCCGAGAGGCAGGAGCUAGGUCAAUGGAAGAAUUCUUCUGUCAGCCCAGCACUCUCCACGCCGGGGCCUUCCUCAGCGUAGCUUUGUCGCGCGGGGGGUGGAUUUUUUCCCCCUGAGAGGUCGACUCGGAGACAUCAGUCUUUGGAGUGUAGACCUGGCCGUCGGAAGAAGCCUGACUGUGUGGGGAGGGCACUGGACUGGGACUUGGGAGUGGGGUUUAAUUCUUGGCCUGUGGGACCCUGGCCCAGUCACUUCAUGUCUCUGUGCCUCAGUUCCCCACCUGUAACCAUGUCGGUCUGCUCCUCAGGGCAGGGGCCCUUGCGAGGUGUGUGUCCUGUGUGUAGCACAAUGAGCACUGUCAGCACACGUUUGUAGAGUGCCAUUGGUAGUAGUAACUCCAGGUGGCCGGAGCUGGGGCGCGUGCUGUAAUGAUGGGGUGCCACGUGCCGGGCUCUCAGGUGUCUGGCGGACUUGGUUGGAAGCUGUUCUGGCGACACAGGUAGGUGGAGAGACUGGUUUUUCUACCUCCUCCGCUGUGGAGCACAAACCGCACAGUGUGUGAGCGGCGUGGGGUGAUACGGCUCGGUAGUGGCUGGGAAAAAUGAUCCAUCGAUUCCAGUUUUAAGUGGAAGCUGGCUGGGCCGGGCUGGGCUGUGGGAGGGAAGGAUCAGGCAUUGCCAGCUCUAGCCUGUUCCCCUGCUCUAGUGUCACAGGCAGAGAGGGGUGAGCACCUGGGGCAGGUGCCGUGCCCUGGCGCGGGCUCCCCUCACCUCUGCGUGGUCCGGCAGGUUGGCCUGCUAUGGAAUGUGAUGAGAAGCUGCUCCGGUUCCGACAGGCCCACCUCAACCCCUUCAACAAGCAGCCGGGGCAAGGCCAGCAUGACCAGGAGGCUGGGGACGACCUUUCUUGUCGAGACUCGCUGCUGGGGCUGUCCCACGGGGACCCCGGGUUCCAGUGCUCAGAGCGCGUGAUGGACUUGGGGCUGGCGGAGGACCACUUCUCCCGCCCUGUGGGCUUGUUCCUGGCCUCCGACAUCCAGCAGCUGCGGCAAGCGAUCGAGGAGUGCAAGCAGGUGAUCCUGGAGCUCCCUGAGCACUCGGAGAGGCAGAAAGACGCGGUGGUGAGGCUCAUCCACCUGCGCCUGAAACUCCAGGAGCUGAAGGACCCCAGCGAAGACGAGCCCAACAUCCGGGUGCUCCUGGAACAUCGCUUCUACAAGGAGAAGAGUAAGAGCGUCAAGCAGACGUGUGACAAGUGCAACGCCAUCAUCUGGGGCCUGAUUCAGACCUGGUACACCUGCACAGGGUGUUACUAUCGCUGUCACAGCAAGUGCCUGAACCUCAUCACCAAGCCCUGCGUGAGGUCCAAGGUCAGCCACCAGGCCGAGUACGAGCUGAGCAUCUGCCCCGAGACAGGCCUGGACAGCCAGGAUUACCGCUGUGCCGAGUGCCGGGCGCCCAUCUCCCUCCGGGGUGUGCCCAGCGAGGCCAGGCAGUGCGACUACACCGGCCUGUACUACUGUGGUAACUGCCACUGGAACGACCUGGCCAUCAUCCCGGCCCGCGUCAUCCACAACUGGGACUUCGAACCCCGCAAGGUCUCCCGCUGCAGCAUGCGGUACCUUGCCCUGAUGGUGUCGCGGCCGGUGCUCAAGCUGCGGGAAAUCAACCCCCUUCUCUUUAACUACGUGGAGGAGCUGGUGGAGAUCCGGAAGCUGCGCCAGGAUAUCCUGCUCAUGAAGCCCUACUUCAUCACCUGCAAAGAGGCCAUGGAGGCUCGUCUGCUGCUUCAGCUGCAGGACCGGCAGCACUUCGUGGAGAACGACGAGAUGUACUCGCUGCAGGACCUGGUCGACAUCCAGGCUGGGCGCCUCAGCUGCUCCUUAACGGAGAUCCACACCCUCUUUGCCAAGCACAUCAAGCUGGACUGCGAGCGGUGCCAGGCGAAGGGCUUUGUGUGUGAGCUCUGCAAAGAAGGGGACGUGCUCUUCCCGUUCGACAGCCACACGUCGGUGUGCACGGACUGCUCUGCUGUCUUCCACAGGGACUGCUACUAUGACAACUCAACGACGUGCCCCAGGUGUGCCCGGCUCAGCCUGAGGAAGCAGUCGCUCUUCCGAGGCCCCAGUGCGGAGGAGCAGGCCUAGGGUCCCCCAGUGCACCAAAGAACAUUGGAGAGAACUGGGCGUUCCAGAGGGGCGCGGCUGCAGCGCUGGGGCUGCAAGAUCUGAACUAGCCGCCACUGGGGGCGGCCCCCGGGCCAGGGAGCGAGAUGUCGCCCAGGCCCGAAGGAGUGCUUUGCCCUGGGACUCUGGGACCAGCCCAGCACGCUGCCUGUUGCUGGGGGGCAGCUCAGCGGGUUCUGAACCCAGCUCUGAAAACGCCUGUGCUUGGGGGCAGUGGCGUUCCGGGCUCUGCCGCUUGCAGGUGAUUUGCCCCCGGCCUGUGCUGAGUGUUGAGUUCCCUCCUGCAGGUGCUUGCUGGCCGGGCCGAGAGGAGGGAGGUGGCUGUGGUAAGGAAGAGCUGCUGUGUGCAGCAGUCCGUUCUCCUCCCACGCUGAUCACGGCUCUAACUCCUCCUUUGGAGAAGCCCAUUUCUAACGCUGCCUCUGCGCCCCAGCAAGCCCCUCCUAGCAUGGUCCGGCAUGCCAGCCUCCAUUGGCGUUCCAGCACUCCCUCUGCCAGCUGCUCGGUGCUCUCCGGUUGGUGCAUUCGCGUCUAAAGGGCCGCGUUGGUCUCUGACUGGCCGGGCUGGCUUCGGGCGUGGGCUCAGGGAGCCUCCCCUUGAGGUGUCUGGCCGUGGCCCUGCUGGCGAGGGGCCUGUGUGCAAGGAGUGUGAGACUCAGGCUGGUCCCUUAGGGACACGUGUCCACAUCAUGUCCCUGUCCUCACCGGCAUUACUCAGCCCCGGCUGGGCCGGGCCAUCGAGCUGGCACGUCCCAGUCCUGUCCACGGGCUCUGCAGGGCCGGAGUGAGGCCCAGAGGCUGGGCUGGUGGAACGGUUCGCGCUCGGUUCCCAGCCUCGCUAGGCUGAUCUGGCUGGCCUCCCCUGGAGCCGGAGCCCUUGGGGCACGCCUUCUGCUGAGGGAGGACGCGAAUGCCGUGGGCUGCAGGCUGGAGCGUGUUGCUUCUUGCUCAAAGCCUGCCAGCGCCUGGUGCGGGCUCCCUCCAGCUCCCCGUGAAUGCGGGCGGCACCUCUUUGGCUGUUUAAAGAGAGACGCUUGCAGAAAUGAGUUUAGGGCUGAAGUAGAGCUGCUCCUUACAUGGACUUUCCCAGGACCCUCCUGUGCCGUUCAGAGGCCAGGGCCUCAGGUUGGAGUCGAGCUGCUUUAGUCUUGUAUUCGUUUCCGUGCCCAGCCCGGCAGUGCCCAGAGCAGUGCCAGCAUCUCCUCGGUGCUGGGAGCGUAGGGCUUGCCGUCAGCGUGGGACGGGAGCACCUGCUGGCUCCAUACACUGACUGCUGCAGGAGCUAAGAGAGGCACCGGCCUCCCGCGCCACCAGAGGGAUCCAAACCUGGCCCUUACACACACAUGUAAGUGACCCGGCUGCCAGCCUGCGGCUCCCGCAGUGCAACUGCCGCUCUCUCUCGCCAGGGACAGGACAGGCAGGAGACGUUCAGAGUCAUCCCUUUAAAUAAAAAAGUACCUGGGAUGGACCCCUCAAGGCUUGAACUCUAAGCCAGCCCCGUGCCCCCAGGUACGGCCUGGAAUUUAAAAGUGCACCGGGGAGGGAGGGUCCGGCUGCUUUACGCAGGGUGUUUGGGUGGAAGAGAGAGCACCAGGGCCUCCCACCCCCUGCCUCACCCGUCUUGCUGCUGCUGUUACUGGGAUACACUGGUGGGGGGCUAGGAGCUAGCUGGGGGCCGUCUCCCCAUGCUGCAAUCCCACCUCCCCACUGCAGGGCAGACGGGUUUUCAGCAAGCAGAACCAAGGACUCGAGGCUGCUGGGCCCGGCCAGGGAGGGACGCAGGCUUUGGGCAGUGACCGUGACAGAGCUCUGGGGGGUAGCUACGGGAUGAGCACUAAUCCUUUAGUCUUCCUUUUUCUACAGCUGGGGGAGCAGGGCUGUGGGCUCUGUGCAGGGCCGAGCCCCUCCGUCCCAGGGGAAGUGGGAACUAGCAGGCUUUGUUCUAAUCGCUUUUCCUCUUGUCGGUUCCGCCCCAGCCGGUCUGUGGGGCUCUCGCACCACCGGGGGAGGGGCUGUGUACGAAACGCCCUGGAUAGCAAGUGAAACACACGCUACCUGUUUGUAACCCGAUUUCCCAGAGGAUGCGUUUCAGCUGCUGGGCCACUUCCACUCCCUUUGGAUAAGGGACUUGCUUCUAGUCCCAGUGCUAAGGGCAGGCUGAAGCCAGCAGAGGCCCUGAGCUAUUGCUUAGAGCUGGAGUCCAAUUAAAGGGGGCUGGAAUGGAAACACCACCUCUGCUGAACGGGGUGUGGGCAGUCAGACCCCUCUGGGAACCGAGAUGGGCCAGAGGUAGCACCCCCACCCCCUGAGCCAAUGUAGUGUGGGGCGGGCCAUUAUUGCCAGGUCCCAACUGCCUCUGACCUCUUCCUCCGCUUGGAUCAUAGUGUUUGCUAUUAGCAAACGCUGGGAUUGUUACUGGGCUUCUGUUAACCCCCACGCUCAGUUUUCACUUGCUCAUUUCAUUUCUUUCUCAGUAGUUCUCCACGGAUGAAACUUCUCCUUCCCCCUGACCGCAUCCCGCCCCCAGGACUGUUACACAUUGAAACCCUCCCACUUCACACUGGCAUGAACUCAGCCUCUGGUUCCCCUCUGCAGUGCGGAUGUUGGAUACUCUGGGUUUGGUGUAGUUGUCAUGGCCCAAGCCUUUAAACUCUAACUCCCUUUUCGAGGGUUUGUAACUUUCACCUGCUAGGCUGAAACGUCCCCGUCCUGGGCUCUGACCAGAGGCGAGCACUUGGAGAAAGGGUCCGUGACAGCAGCUCUGCCUCUCCGGAGAAAGCUGGCCCUUGUCUCUUAGUGAAAAUGAACCACCGCGUGUCUGGGACGCUCCUCAAAAAGUGAGCUGCUGCCUCAACCUUCUCUUAAUGGUUUUAUGUUUAACGGCUAGUCCGCCAGGGCGGGUGUGCAACAAUGCGUGAACACUAGCGUGAGCACUUUAAUUUCUGUACAGACGUGUAUGUUGGUUCUGUUUGAGUAGAAAUAACAAACCUUGCUACAGAAUCAUUGUUUACCCUGUAAGUCCCUGACUUUUUCUUGGUUUCUAGAAACACUUUGUUUGCCUGUGUGGGUGAGAGAUUCAGAUGGCAGGCUCCAGGCAGGCAGGGGGGAGGAUCGUUGUGAAGCUGAGGUGAGGCGGUGGUGGUUUUUUUAAGUUUAGUUCUUAAUCUUGCAAUGACAAAGUCUUAAGAGGAAAGCGUUCUCCCGGCCGCCCUCCCCCCAGUUCAGAGGGCAGGACUAGCAGCGCGAGGGUGUUUUACACCCCUGCCCAGUCACCAGAGCCUAGGCAUGGAAGAGCACUUGCUGAACCUGCUGUUCCACACGCUUGCAGAAGCCUGACAAGUAGCAUAUGCCACAGGUGUGGCCACACGUGCUAGCCUGUGGCAGGAUGGGCAGUCCUGAGGGAAGGGUGCAGUUCCCACCUUCCAGGCGGUAUCGUGUAUAACCCGACUGCCAUACGUUUAUCAGACCCAGUGCUGUUGCACCUAUGGCAAGAGACAGUCUAGGCCCCUAGGCCAGCUGCUCCAGGGCCUUUAUUAAAUGCACCUUGGAAAGAGUGACUGCAGCAGCUGCCGCGUUGCACCUGAGCCCCAGACAGAUCACUGUAAUUGUGUGUAUUGUUACCAGACCCUCGGAGUCUGUAACUUCAGGAGUGCUUCGAGUAGCAUUAACAAUGGGAAAGAUACCACAGACAGAACGAUGGCAUGAUCCUUGCCUGUAUCUGGAAGGGAAAAGACAGGGGAAGUGGCUGUCUGCAUGGCAGCUGGGAGUGUACCUCCUAGGCCGACUAGACAGAUACAGCUGGUUCUGCUUGAGCUACCGGGCUAAAAAUAGUCGUGUGAAUGUUUGUGGCACGUGAGGACAAGCCCAUCUGCCCUCUUUGCAGCUCUGAGCUCGUGGGGCUGGCAACCUUUGGCACCCAGCCCAUCAGGGUAAAGCCGCUGGUGGGCCGGGCCGGUUUGUUUAUCUGGAGCAUCCGCAGGCAUGGAGCUCCCACAGGCUGCGAUUUGCCAUUCCUAGCCAAAGGGGGGUGUAGGAAGCAGUGUGGGCUGAGGGACGUGUUAGCCACUGCUUCCCACAGCUCCCAUUGGCCAGGAUUGGCAAACCACAGCCCGCGGGAGCUGCGGGGCUCCGUGCCUGCGGACGCUCCAGAUAGACAAACCAACCUGCCAGUGACUUUACCCUGGCGGGCUGGGUGCCAAAGGUUGCCGACCCCUGAGCUAGGCCAUGCCACACUGGCCACACUACUAUCUUUAGCAGGUAGCUCAAGCAGAGCUAGUGUGUGUCUGUCUGUCCAGCAUGGGAGGUAUGUUUCUAGCUACAUUGUGAACAUCCCCUCUUACAGUGCAGUCUGAUUCCUUGCCAUGCCUGCCCUCCUGUCAAGGGGUCACUUCAUAAUGAGAACAAAACUGUUUAGCUGACACAGCUGCCCUGUAAUCUGCACAGCAAGAGAGGACAGACCCAGGACCAAAAGUUUGCAGUUCGCAAAGUGUGAAUGACAAAAACAAAACCUCUGGGGAAGUUUCCCUGUGGUUACACCACAACUUGGUGGCUGUAGCAAGGGGGAGGAAUGGGGGAUAGUAGCACAGGAAUCUAACGUACGAUGGAAUUGAUUCAAUAAACCACUGUAUUUGAUCAUUUUAA